AUGAUGACGACGACAACGGCAACACUUGAACAACCUACUUCAACAAAGUUACAACAACAACCAGUUAAACCAGAAACAAAAAUAAAAGAUGUACCAUAUAUGAAACAAUGGAAAGAAUCAAAAGCUUAUAAAGAAUAUACAUCAUUUGUUUUGUCAUUAAAUCAAGCAAUACAUGGUUUAAAAAAUUCAUCACCCGUUUCUAUUUCACCUACAUUAACAAAAUUAAUUGAAUUGAUUGAUAAAUUAGAUCAUUUUAUUGAUGAAUGUCCGCCAAAAGGUCGAUCGAGAUUUGGUGAUGCAGCCUAUCGUGAUUGGCAUACAAAAUUAGAACAGGAAUGUGAAAAUUUAUUAAAACAAACAUUACCAGAAGAAUAUCAUUCGUAUAUUAUUGAAAUUGGACCCUAUCUAUUGGAUUCAUUUGGCAAUAGUACAAGAUUAGAUUAUGGAACAGGUCAUGAAAUGGCAUUUGGAUUAUUUUUAUUAUGUUUAUGUAAAAUUGAAGCAUUAAAAGAAGAUGAUAGCAAAGCAAUUGUCUUAAAACUAUUUAAUAGAUAUAUUGAAUUAUGUCGUAAAUUACAACGAACAUAUUAUUUAGAACCAGCUGGUAGUAAAGGUCAAUGGUGUUUAGAUGAUUAUCAAUUUUUACCAUUUCUUUGGGGUUCAUCACAAUUUACGGAUCAAUCAAAUAUUGAACCAAAACAAGCCGUUGAUGAACGAUAUUAUAAAAAUGAUCACGAUGCAAAUGAUUAUUUAUAUUUAGCUGCAAUUAAAUAUAUUAAUGAAGUUAAAACAGGUCCAUUUUUUGAGCAUUCAAGUACGUUGUAUGAUAUUUCAAAUGUUGCACAAUGGUCAAAAGUUAAUCAGGGAAUGUUAAAAAUGUAUCAUGGAGAAGUAUUAGAUAAAUUUCCAAUUGCACAACAUAUUUUAUUUGGUAAUUUAAUUUCAUUUGAUUUGGCACCAAAACGUCCGCCACAGCGACAACAAUUAGAUAGUAGUCGCAGUGAUAAUCUCUUUAAAAAACCAACGGACAUUAAUAUACCAACAGCGACGGUACAACGUCAUAUUGAUUCAGAAAACAAUAAUCAACAUACAGACUAA